AAUCUUGUCUAGGCUUCAGUUCCUCUGACUUCUAACGUUCCUCUACCUUCAGAAUCCGACAAGUCAACGUCUUUGUUGUUGCAUAUCCGGGGGCAGGGGCCAUUCUUGCGCUGUUGAAGAAAGAAAACAGCGGAGUUCUGAAUCGAUUCAUCCGUUAUUCUAACAUCAGUACCAAAUUGAUGGAUCGAGCCCAUGACAUUGCUAGCGAACUCCUGCACGAAUUGAACGAUGACUCGCAUUACAAUACUGAAGGUUGUAUGUAUGUUAGCCCCGUCCCAGGUUGGACUGUCCACCGGCCAGCUUGAGUCUGCGCAGGCCAGAUCGAAUGAGCGCUCCGUUGCGAUAGCUUGCUUCUCAGGCGUCCCGGGGACGUUCGUUAGGACUUUCGAAAGUUGGACUGGUUCCGAAACCCUCUCUCAGGAGCACUCUGGAUUGACCAAGACGAAGGGAUUUGUUUGAGAGUGCAUGGAGCUUUUUACUGCUUGAUACUUGGUCACCUAUUUGUGCCAUUUGUACCGAAUGGCUGCAUAUUUUGGUUCCAAAUUGCUCAUGCGACUUCCUCUUGUCCUGCUCAGUGGCUCACAUGGACGUACAAGGUAUCUAGCAUAAGGCGCAGACCAAGUUGGCGUGCAGUUCCACCAACCUACCGUGUGCGAGGACUUGACGUGUGUAAGGCAGUCGCUCUGACGCACUCAGAGCGACUGCACGUCGUCAUCUGGGAAUUCAUUCUGCAUCUCUACCACCCUUAUUCUGACACUGUUCGCUGACUACAUCACGCCAAGGGCAGACUUACUGCCAUGCGGCACGGAGAUCAUUCAUGACUUUCGAAACAUCGUGCAUGGUAUCUUUCAUCGGAUGGCGUCUACAGACGGAAGCUCUCUGUCAAAGCUAGAUGCGCUCAUUGACGGAGCAUACCAGCAACUCUCCUCGUCGAAAACUCCUGUCCUUUGCUGGCGACGGUUGUAUACCGACGCUUGCAUCUGGAGGACCCUAGCAGAAUUUCUGCCUCCGCAUACAGAAGUCCCUAGCUCCAUCGCAUUGACCUGCGUUGCGCGCUUGGAUCGUGCUAUUAUUGUUGCCGGUGCUUGUGGACAAGGCCGUUUGGAGCUAAUUCAUGAGCUCAUUUCGCUGAUACAAGUUAUAUCGCUUGGGCUUGGACCCUCCUCUCCAAAUUUCUCAGCACAAGAACAUGAUUUAGUUCCAAAGUCAGAAAUCGCCUUUCCGCAGACCUAUAGAAGGACAGUCCCUCGACUUGAGACUCCCCCACCGUUUGCCUCUUUCGUUUCCAAGUACUCAAAGGGACCGUUUAUCAUUCCCGCGUAUAUCGAAGAUUGGCCGGCCAUGAAUGAACAUCCAUGGAAAUCUAUGGAAUACCUUCGUUCACUAGGAGGUCCUGGCCGAAUCGUUCCGGUGGAGGUGGGUGCUGACUAUCGAAGAGACGAUUGGACCCAAGAGAUGAUGGGCUGGGAUGAUUUCCUAUCUUCCAUGACCACCCCUGAUGGCCCCAAUGGAGAGAGAAAGCCAGUCUUGUACCUCGCACAACAUAAUUUGUUCUCGCAGUUCCCUGCCUUGAGGGAGGACGUGAUCAUUCCAGAUUAUGUCUAUGCGCCCCUACCUCCUCCAGAGACUUAUCCUAUGUACGUGCCUCCAGGAAACCGGGAGCAACUAGUCGUGAACGCUUGGUUGGGCCCGAAGGGGACGAUUUCACCGGCACAUAUUGACCCAUUUUAUAAUUUCUUUGCUCAAGUUGUAGGCCGGAAGUCGGUUUGGCUGGCUCCACCAACCGUGUCUCCCAACAUGUAUCCAAUCCCCCCACCGGCAUCUCAAGCGUCGAACGGUGUCAGUCCUUCACUGGGCAACACGUCUCGGGUGGAUGUGUUCUCAAAUUAUCAAGAGGAAUUUCCUCUUUUCCAACAGUAUGUCGCUCCAGAGGCGAUGUUCGCAGUGUUGGAACCGGGGGAUCUGCUAUUCUUCCCUCCUAGGUGGUGGCAUGCAAUGAGGAGUGAGGAUACGAGUUUCUCGGUGACGAUGUGGUUUUAGGUAUCAGGUUCCCAUGAUUUCAAUUAUCUGAUUGUAUUUCUCGAUCACGGAUCUCUUUGUUGUCUUGGGCAUUUCUGUCAUUAUUGCUAUAUAAACGUUGUCUACGGGCUGUUGCAUGAAAGGUGCUAUGCAUGUACUUACUACGAUCGACUAGAAAGGAACGUUUGACUGUUAGUUGCUUCUUGUU